CUGAUGUUGCCAGCUCCGAUCAGGAAGAAGUUGUUACACGUGAAAUCACCGGACCGGACACUGGGAAUAUCUGACGCUCGCUGAGUCACAAGUCAAAGCAAGAUCUUCUUGACUGUUGUCCAUCUCUCCUGGGAAGACUGACAGCAGCGAACAGGAGUGCGGGAGAGAAGCGUGUUUCUAAGUGCCAUUAUGCCAUGGCAUCUCUGGGCGCCUCCUUUGUGCAAAUCAAAUUCGAUGACAUCCUCUUCUACGAGAACUGCGGCGGCGGGAGUUUCGGGAGUGUGUAUCGCGCCCGCUGGCUCUCGCAGGACAAAGAGGUGGCGGUGAAAAAGCUUCUGAAGAUUGAAAAAGAGGCAGAGAUUUUAAGUGUUCUCAGUCAUCGAAACAUUAUCCAGUUUUAUGGAGCAAUUCUGGAAGCGCCCAACUAUGGAAUAGUUACAGAGUAUGCCAGCGGUGGAUCUCUUUUUGACUAUUUGUCCAGUGCCGAGAGUGAAGACAUCAGUAUGAAGCAGAUUAUGACCUGGGCAAUGGACAUCGGCAAAGGCAUGCAUUAUUUGCACAAUGAAGCUCCGUUUACAGUCAUUCACAGAGACCUCAAGUCUCGAAAUGUUGUGUUGACGGCAGAUUCAGUACUCAAAAUCUGUGAUUUCGGAGCAUCCAAGUUUCAUUCUCAUACCACCCACAUGUCUCUGGUGGGCACGUUUCCCUGGAUGGCCCCUGAAGUUAUCCAGAGCUUUCCUGUGUCUGAGACCUGUGAUACGUUCUCAUAUGGAGUGGUCCUGUGGGAGAUGUUGACUCGUGAAAUUCCCUUCAAAGGUCUUGAGGGGCUGCAGGUGGCCUGGCUGGUGGUAGAGAAGAAUGAGAGGUUGACAAUUCCCAGUAGCUGCCCUGCCAGUUUCGCCUGUCUGAUGAGAAGCUGCUGGGUGACGGAACCGAAAGACAGGCCGCUGUUCAAACACAUCCUGUCCACGCUGGAGUCCAUGUGGAAUGACACUCAGUUACCUGACGAGUGCAACACUUUCCUGCACAAUAAAGCAGAGUGGAGGUGUGAGAUUGAGGCGACACUAGAGCGUCUAAAGCGGCUGGAGAGAGAUCUGAGCACCAAAGAACAAGAGCUGAAAGAAAGAGAGAGACGGUUAAAGAUGUGGGAGAGAAAACUGAUCGAGCAGUCCAACACACCGUUCUUUCUUCCUCUGGCAGCGUUAAGCUCCGAGUUGUUUUUUGAGUCAAGUGUGGAGGAGGAAUUGAGUUCAGGGAUGUCAUGUGGUGGAGAGCUGCAAGCCAUCAUGAGGGAGUUUGAUGAGAUGUUUCCUCUGGAGUUCCCUUCGGCUCCUCUGGACCCACAGGCCAAUCUGAACUCCUCCACGACCUGCUCGCAUAGACAGGAACGCAAGAUCCCCAUGCCUUUGAGCUUAGCUGCGUUUGACUCAUCUGAUGACAGUGAUUAGGACCUCAGAAUUGGGGUGUCCGUUAAUUUUGCCUACCCCAUCCACCUUUUUCCCUAGGGAGCCUACUGCGUCUUAGAUGAUGGGAGGCACUUCCGGUUUAAGGAAAUUAUCAAAACAAACUGGUUUUAUUCAGGAUUGUUAGGAGUUCCUCACACAUUUAUAUAGAGUGUGUUUGUGCUUUUUGAAUAACUUUAGUUCUAUCAGGAACAGUUUAUGUUUGCCGGAUAAAAUAUGCUGUUUUUUAGAACAGAUUUAAGUGGAAGUAAGUGGUCUGUCGUGUGCUGUGGAGGUUCGAGCAGUCACUUUCCUUGAUUCCCUGGAAAGGCUGUAUUAGGUGAGGCCGCUUGACGCCCACCGGGUCCUUAUGGAUGUUAUUUAUGGCAAAUGAAGUGGAUGUAUAGCCACAUGCUGAGGAGAGCGAGAGAGAACAGCAUGUCAGCGUGGCAAGGACAGCGCACACUUACGAACAACUGACAUUUCACUGACAUUAAGAUUGGCCAAUUUGAGCAGUGUGAAGACUGUGAGGAACUCGCACACCAUCAGGAAAGAGAGAGAGAGAGAAAGAAUGAAAAACAUGAGCAAGAAAGAGUAUUUCAAUAUUUCAUCCAGCAGAGCUGAAAUGCAUUACAUCUGUUCUUCUAAUCGGACUUCUCUCUGACAAGAAGACCUGAAACCCUGUAAAAGGAAAAGACGGCACUGUUCACUAGAUAUAUCAUUGAUACAAAUUCACUUGAAUACUGGUAAUCCCUUGUGAAAAAGAAGGCUUUAAUUGUAAUGGUUAUUACUUAGUACAAUAUCAAUGAAUUAAAAGGCCACUUAAGUGUAUGUAAAGAGAGUACACCUUCAUGACCAUGUUUCUUAACACAUUUAAUAAGUGCGCUUUGUAAUACUGUCAAAUGAAAACUCUUACUUUAAGGGACAUUUUUAAAUAUUGUUUUAAUAUCUGUUUUUGAUGUGUGUUGACUAAUGUACUACAGCACAUGUAAAGUGCUCAACUGUAGCAUGUUGUUUGAUAUUACAUUUAACGUCAGUACAUUUGAAAUGUACUAAAAUGCAACUUCGUUAUUACAGUCAUAUAAUUGCAAAUAUAUUUAAGACAUAAGUUUAAAUGGAAAUUACAUUAAAACUAUAUAAACCUAUAUUUAAUUUACCAUAAAUGCUUGUCAGUACAUUCAGCAGUACAGUUUAACCAUAUUUCAAAGACAACAGUACUAGAUCAAGUAAUAUGAAAUUACACAUAAACAUGUACUUAAGUCCAAAAACCCUUGUACAUUCAGCUAAUUGUAUUUAAUAUAUCUUCAAAUAAUAAAAACAUAUUUAACUGCAAUAAUCGAUGUCCGAAAACAUUACAUUCAGUUUGCACUUAAAGGAGAAGAUUCACAUAUAAUUUACUCACCCCCUUGUCAUCCAAGAUGUUCAUGUCUUUCUUUCUUCAGUCGCAAAGAAAUUAUGUUUUUUGAGGAAAACAUUUCAGGAUUUUCCUCCAUAUAAUGGACUGAUAUGGUGCCCCGAGUUUGAACUUCCAAAAUGCAGUUUAAAUGCGGCUUCAAAUGAUCCCAAAUGUGGUUGUAAACAAUACCAGCCAAGAAAGAAGGGUCUUAUCUAGCAAAACGACCUGUUAUUUUCAUUAAAAAAAAAUACAAUUUAAAUACUUUUUUAUUCUCAAAUGCUAGUCUUGCCUUGCUCUCGUUGAACUCUGUGUAUUCUGACUCAAGACAGUUAGGGUAUGUUGAAAAACUCCCAUCGUAUUUUCUCCCUCAACUUCAAAAAUCAUUUCAAAAACAUCCCACAUCACUGCAGAAGUACCGACCCAGUAUUUGCAAAGUGAACAUGCAAAGAAAAUCAAACACCCUUAACGAAAAAGGUAAAACAGCGAUACAGUACGAUUUUGAAGUUGAGGGAGAACAUGAGAUGGGAGUUUCUCGACAUACUCUAACUGUCAGAAACAGGAACAAAAUCAGUCCAGGCAGAGUGAGACAAGACGAGCAUUUGACAUUAAAAAGUAUAUAAAUUGUAUUACUUUUAUUUAAAAAAAAAAAACGAUCGUUUCACUAGAUAAGAGCCUUCUUUCUCGGCUGGGAUCGUUUGAAGCCGCAUUUAAACUACAUUUUGGAAGUUCAAACUCGGGGCACCAUAUCAGUCCAUUAUAUGGAGAAAAAUGCUGAAAUGUUUUCCUCAAAAAAAUAAUUUCUUUACGACUGAAGAAAGAAAAACAUGAACAUCUUGGAUGACAAGGGGGUAAGUACAUUAUAUGUGAAUCUUUGUUUUGGAAGUGGACUUCUCCCUUAAGUAUAUCCUGUUACAGUAUAUUAUUUAUUAAAGUACUGUUUUUAAAAGUAUGUUAAUGUGUACUUCUUUUUCACAUCGGAUGUUAAAAAAUAUUGUACAGUGAAGGAAAUGUUGAACAGGUAAAAGCUAUAAAAAGUUUAAAAAAAAGUGUGGGUUUGUAUAUUCGUUCAUUCUGACUGAAUUUGUGACUGAAUUUGUGCUUAUGCUAAGCUAAUGUUACACACAGCACACAGAAUAUUGAGUACAAUAGUACAUUUGUGAUUAUACUGAACUGCUUGUAUUGAUUCUUAUUAAAAUAUAUUCAUAAGUAACAUU